CGACAGCCAAGGGAGAGUUCUUGCAAGUUUGCAACAGUCAAGCGCGGGCAUGUUAUAACAAGUAUAAUGCUCUCCCUCAGGCCUCAACAUCACUUGGCUUCUGCGACCUCAUCGGCAAGAUUCCUCCAUUAAAUAACUUAGUUCAAUAAAUCAAGAUGGUUCUAUCCCAUCAAUGAUUACAUGACGGAAAAAGAAGAGCUACUGGCAGUCUGGCAUCAUUAGUGGUCCCGACUUAGUCACUGCAACUUCACUUCCCAAUCUGAGAGUUUUUAUGGGUGUCUUCCUUUUCUCCUGCUUCGUGCAAAAAUGGACGGAUUUCAACCAAUCUACUGAUGCCCAUGUUUCAAUUCCGAAGAACAAUGUAUUUCCGCUCCACUUUCGGGGUUCAACAGAUGAUGGGAGUUUAGUUCUUCGAUUUCUUUCCGCGUGGUUUAAUUUAGAAACUGAAGAUGAAGUCUGCAGAGGACAAUGGUUUUUGUGAUUAUGGGACCGAAGGUGAUAACGUCAACAGCAGUUCCUGUAAUUUUGAAUUUGACAAGGGAACGAGCACAAGCAAGGGAAUGAAUCCUCGAGCAGUUUUAAGCCCUUUAAGCAAACCAGGUCCAUCGAAAUGGGAUGAUGCAGAGAAGUGGCUUAUUGGUUUGUCUAAUGGGCUUGACCAGGGACACUCAAAAACUAACAAGCCAAGAAAUUCUAAUGCAGAUGACAGGAAGCAUUUAUUGCAAAAGACCAGGAGCACUGGUGAGGGAUCAAGCAACUGUGGGCCGGUUGUGAAUUCAAAUGCAGAUGAAGGAGAGACAAGGAAGAUUGAUUGUGAAGAGUCCUUUUGGAUGAUCAACAAGCCAACUGAGGAUUCAUCGAUAAUACGGUCGAUCUGUGUGAGGGAUAUGGGAACCGAGAUGAGUCCAAUUGGCAGUGAAGAGCCUUCAAGGACAGGUACUCCACUAAGAGCAGCUACACUUUCAAUGAGGAGCCCCGAUAGGACUCGAGUUCCUUCAAGGCGCAAUCAAGCAGUGCAAUCCAUUGAAAGUGAUCAAGUUGGUUGGAGAACUGCUGAAAACAGAAGUGAUAUGGUGCCUCACGGAAGGUCUAGUUUUUCUGGGACAUGCCAGGUGGGCAAAGAUGGUGAAGAAUCAGAUGCUUCAAAGAUACUUCAUGAAAACAAUUUGGAGCAAAACAGAAGAAGCAGUAUGGUGGAGACCCGUGCCUUGGCUUGGGAUGAAGCAGAGAGAGCAAAAUACAUGGCGAGAUACAAACGUGAGGAGGUCAAGAUUCAAGCCUGGGAAAAUAGUCAGAAAAGAAGAGCUGAAGCAGAAAUGAAGAAAACAGAGGUUAAGGCUGAAAGAAUGAAAGCUAGGGCACAAGAGAGAUUGGCAAAUAGAUUGGCUACGACUCAAAGAAAAGCAGAUGUAAAACGAGCAAAUGCAGAGGCCAAAAUGAAGGAGCAUGCUGUAAGGACAUCAGAGAGAGCGGACUACAUACGUAGGACCGGACAUCUUCCAACUUGCUUCUUUUCCUUCAAAUUGCCAUCAUUCUGCUGGUAAAAAAACAUAACAUGUAAAGAAAUGUGAUCCAAAUAAGUGAGGCAAACAAUGCCUUGUAUCUUGAGAGCAUGUGGUUGAAUUUUCCAUUUUUCCCAUCAUUUUCAACCAUAUAACAGACUUUUCCAUGUAUUAUUGUUGCCUGGUUGCAUAAUCCUUCUGUGUGGUAUCCAUACCUUCAUUUCUUUUA